GCGGCGGGGCCGGGCCGGGGGUUGCCCGCAACGCUGGGGCCCGCGCGGCGGCCGUGCGUGCGGGCGCGCCAUGGACUUCAACAUGAAGAAGCUGGCGUCGGACGCGGGCAUCUUCUUCACCCGGGCGGUGCAGUUCACGGAGGAGAAGUUUGGACAGGCCGAGAAGACCGAGCUUGAUGCCCACUUUGAAAACCUUCUGGCGCGGGCAGACAGCACCAAGAACUGGACGGAGAGGAUCCUGAGGCAGACAGAGGUGCUGCUGCAGCCCAACCCCAGUGCCCGAGUGGAGGAGUUCCUAUAUGAGAAGCUGGACAGAAAGGUCCCCUCACGAGUCACCAACGGGGAGCUGCUGGCUCAGUACAUGGCGGAGGCGGCCAGCGAGCUGGGGCCCACCACUCCCUAUGGGAAGACGCUCCUCAUGGUGUCUGAAGCGGAGAAGCGCCUGGGGGCUGCGGAGAGGGAUUUCAUUCACACGGCCUCCAUCAGCUUCCUCACACCCCUGCGCAACUUCCUGGAAGGGGACUGGAAGACAAUUUCGAAGGAGCGGCGCCUCCUCCAGAACCGGCGCCUGGACCUGGAUGCCUGCAAGGCGCGUCUGAAGAAGGCCAAGGCGGCAGAAGCCAAGGCCUCGACGGUGCCUGACUUUCAGGAGACUAGACCUCGUAAUUACAUUCUCUCGGCCAGCGCCUCUGCGACUCUGGAUGACACUUCCUGUCCCCCGCCCUGGGCCGAGUGGAAGGAGAAACAUCCUGGAGGGUGGCGGCCGCCCUGUUUUUUUCUUUUGCCACUGACCCCCAGUGUGACUCAGGCCCGAGGCUGCCUUUCUCUGCCGGAGGACAGAAAGCUUUGGAAUGAUGAGGUGGACAAGGCUGAACAGGAGCUCCGAGUGGCCCAGACAGAGUUUGACCGGCAGGCAGAAGUGACCCGUCUCCUGCUGGAGGGGAUCAGCAGCACCCACGUGAACCACCUCCGCUGCCUGCACGAGUUCGUAAAGUCUCAGACAACCUACUACGCGCAGUGCUACCGCCACAUGCUGGACUUGCAGAAGCAGCUGGGCAGCGCCCAGGGUGCCAUAUUUCCAGGUACCUUUGUGGGCACCACAGAGCCUGCCUCCCCGCCCCUGAGCAGCACGUCACCCACCACCGCUGCGGCCACCAUGCCUGUGGUGCCCACUGUGGCCAGCCUGGCCCCUCCGGGAGAGGCAGCACUCUGCCUGGAAGAGGUGGCCCCCUCCGCCAGUGGGACCCGCAAGGCCCGGGUGCUCUAUGACUAUGAAGCAGCCGACAGCAGUGAACUGGCCCUGCUGGCUGACGAGCUCAUCACCGUCUACAGCCUGCCUGGCAUGGACCCUGACUGGCUCAUUGGUGAGAGAGGAAACAAGAAGGGCAAGGUCCCUGUCACCUACUUGGAACUUCUCAGUUAAGCAGGCCCUGCCCAGGGCACAGCCCUACCACUUAUCUUGUCUGCUGGUGACACAGCUGCUCAGGGUGGAGAUAUGAAGCCCAUUCUGCCCAUUCCCCUGGUCAUCCAGCUGUGAAGGGAGCCCAGAGGCUGAAUGGCCCCAGGCUCCCUGCCAGCCCUGCUUCUGAUCUGUGGUUCUGGAGCCCCGGCCCUGCCUGCACUCCCCAUGCACCUCAGCCCUCCCAGCUCCCAAAGGAGGGAGGGACACUGUACUCAGCACGGAGGCGGACCUAAGAUGCACCCCUAGGAUGCACGGGGGCACCUGUGGCAAGAAUAAAGCACCUGCCAAAGGCCAACAGCGGGACAGCAGUGAAGCAGGCAGGGCUCUGGCAGGGGACAGGGUCAGGCCCAGAGCAGCAGCUGCCCGGUGCUACCCUGUCCCUCCUGCCCAAGCAGCGCGAACCCAGUACGUGGCUGCAACUCACUUCUGCACACACUUUUUAACUGGUAUUUUUACUUCUGCCUGUCUGCUUGCUUUCUAGCCAACAGCAAAUAAUAAAUCCUUUGUGUGCAAGUU